AUCUGCCGGAUCUCGUGCCGGAGCUUGGCUAGUGGCUGCACGAGGCUCAGAUACUAGAUCCGAGAUACUCAGAUCAGUACCAGCGUAGUUAAUUCAUUUUCUCAGUGAUAAGUGUUUUGAGAUUUCUUUGUGUGAAGUCGAUUCGGAACCGAAAAUCACUUUCGGAAGAAUGGCGCAAUCAUUGCAACUUCUCGUGGUUCUAUUGGUCUGUCUGGUGCAUGAUGCUGUGUCGUUUCCACAAACCAACAUCCAACUGCAGUACCCGAACGGAGCAUUCGAUGAUCCGGUACCGAACAACGACCACAACCAGAAGUUCCACGACUAUGCCAGCGUCUUGACCCGCUUUGAUCCCUGGGUGACGGGGCAGAAAGUGCCGAUUCCGGCCGACCCAGUGACGGAUGCCUUGCACCAGGACCUGCCACCGGAAGCAGCCUCCCUGGGAUCAACGCGCCACGUACGAACACCGGUCGAGUUUGCGGACUCGGUUCCGCAGGGAAGUGAGGCAAUCCCGGCCUACAACGAAUACAUCCGUGUGCUGACCCGGUUUGACCCGUCGGUGACCGGACAGCGGCAACAGGCAGCUCACGAACAUGCCGUCUUCAAACGGGAGAACGAGGAACGGGCAGCCGAUUCGUUGAUUAGCAAGGAUAAAGAUUUUGGCGAGCAGAUCGAGGACAAGGUACCAGAAUUGUCCACGGAGACCGCCGAUCCGGUCUACGGAGAUUUUGUUAAGGAGCUGAAACGCUUCGAUCCGUGGCUGGUGGGACACAAUGUGUCCAUUCCGCGUAACGCCAGUGCCGAUGAACAGUGGAUCAGCGAGUCCAAGGAGUAGAUUGCCACCGGAGGAGGUUGCCUACCCGCGAAAUUGUGUAAGAGUAAUCUUACAGCCAUCAGCCAUUGCCAACCGUCUCAGUGAAUUAUUAACUAAUAAAGAACAAACUACAAAGCUUUGCGCCUAAAAGCAUGCUAUUGAUGCACACCACAUCAACGGUUAUUACAAAACACGUGCUUCAAUCGCUGCGAUGGCUACAAUUUUACUGUGCACGGCGCAUCUUUUGUACGCUUCUAAUGCAACGAUCAAGCCAUCAAUCAAGCUUAAUCUUAACCUAAAUAAUAGUAUUCUACGGUUCUUUUAUGCGCUUAAAAUAUGGAGAUCAUCUUUACAUUUUUUUUCAAAAUCAAAAUGUUAAUAUUGUAAUAUUUUUCAGUAAUUUU